CGCCCCGGCUUCCGGUGUGUGUGUUUUUCUUCCAACUGAUUACCUUGUUCUCCCUGGCAAUGCUCAAAUCAGUCUUCAGUUGUUCACUCUUGAACUGUCGUCGUUGCUAUGCCUGACAAGCUCUAUCUGCUCGCCAGGUUUGCAUAUAGCUUGGCUUGGCUAAUACGUGAGAUUUUCCCAGACGGAAGCUGUGCCGUGCAAUUUUCCCAAACACAAGCAAGCACAUGACUUAUGCCUCUAGAGAUGCAGAAACUGCACACAGCCAUAUAGUAGCGUAGGUACAAGGAAGAUUCUAGCCUUAAGAGGCACCUUCUGUGUCCUAGUCCUAGCUGUUCACCAACAUCUCCCUCUCGGAUGCCUCCAUGGUCGCGAGCAUUGACGAGGCGACGGUGAAUUCGGCCGUGGCCGCGAGUUCUUGCAACGACGGCGACUAAGCAAAGCAAGCAACAGGACACGUGCGCCAUGACAGACACCGGAGACGCCCCGCUCCCGCUCUCGCUCCUGACGGGGCACGCCGCCACGCCGUCCUCCGCGGUCUUCGACGUCGAUGCUGCGGGCGCCGGCGCCCAACACCGCACCGGGAAGUCACCAGCCGACGCCGGCGCCGCCUUCGUGCUCGAGUCGAAAGGGACGUGGUGGCACGCGGGGUUCCACCUGACGACGGCGAUCGUGGGGCCGACGGUGCUGACGCUGCCGUACGCGCUCCGCGGGAUGGGCUGGGGGCUCGGCCUCGCAGCGCUCACGGCCGUCUUCGCCGUCACCUUCUACGCCUACUUCCUCGUGUCCAGGGUGCUCGACCACUGCGAGGCCCGCGGCCGCCGGCACAUCCGCUUCCGCGAGCUCGCCGCCGACGUCCUCGGAUCUGGAUGGGUGUUCUACUUGGUGGUCACCGUGCAGACCGCGAUCAACGCCGGGAUUACCACCGGGAGCAUCUUGAUUGCCGCCGACUGCCUACAGAUAAUGUACUCGAGCUUCGCACCGGACGGUCCCCUGAAGCUGUACCAAUUCAUCAUCGUCGUCGCCAUGGUGCUGGCCGUCCUCUCGCAGCUGCCGUCGUUCCAUUCGCUGCGGUACAUCAACCUUGGUUCGCUGAUCCUCAGCUUCGGCUACACCAUCCUUGUCUCGGCUGCCUGCAUUCGCGCAGGUGCGUCGAGUAAUGCUCCAGGGAAGGAUUACUCGUUGAGCUCGUCCAAGUCGGAGAAGACCUUCAAUGCGUUCCUCUCCAUCUCAAUCCUCGCCACUGUUUUCGGCAACGGCAUUCUGCCUGAAAUCCAAGCCACGCUGGCACCGCCGGCGGCCGGGAAGAUGAUGAAGGCGCUGGUGCUGUGCUACUCGGUGGUGUUCUUCACGUUCUACUUCCCAGCCAUCACCGGCUACUGGGUGUUCGGCAACCAGGUGCAGUCCAACGUCCUGCAGAGCCUCAUGCCGGAUAAGGGCCCGUCCCUCGCCCCGACGUGGCUGCUUGGCCUCGUCGUCGUCCUCGUCCUUCUCCAGCUCCUCGCCAUCGCCCUGGUGUACUCGCAGGUGGCGUACGAGAUCAUGGAGAAGAACUCAGCUGACGCCGCGCGCGGGCGGUUCUCGAGGCGGAACCUAAUCCCCAGGGUGGCGCUGCGGACGGCAUACGUGGCGGCAUGCGCGUUUGUGGCGGCGAUGCUGCCCUUCUUCGGCGACAUCGUGGGCGUGGUGGGCGCUGUGGGGUUCAUCCCGCUCGACUUCGUGCUCCCCGUCGUCAUGUACAACAUGGCGCUGGCGCCGCCGAGGCGAUCGCCCGUGUACCUGGCCAACGUGGCCAUCAUGGUGGUCUUCACCGGCGUCGGGGUCAUCGGAGCGGUCUCGUCGGUGAGGAAGCUCGUGCUCGACGCCGGCAAGUUCAAGCUCUUCAGUGACACCGUGGUGGACUGAUCAGAGUUGAGAGGCAAGCGGCGGUUGUUUUUGGAGGCCUGGUUAAUUAAUCAAAUUAAAGCCAAAAAAGCCAAAGAAGCAUAGAAACACUUACAUGUGUUUGAUCUAGUGUGGUCAUGAUCAUUUUAUUACUUUCGUUAAAGAUAAUUAUUAUAUAACAUUUUCUUGCGCAAACAUUUUUCAAAAUU